AUGCGGUUGUUCGAUCCUUGGCCUGUUUUCUUCAAGCGAGAAUGGAAACGAAAUUGGCCCUUCCUGGUCGGAUUCGCCGUCACCGGAACGGUCAUCACCAAAUUAUCUCUUGGUCUAACUGAGGAGGACGCCAAAAAGUCAAAAUUCGUCCAGGCACACAAGAGAGUGCAUAUGCUGAGCAUAUUCUGUUCUGAAGUUCUCACCAAAUCUUUGGCAUGGACAAUUUAUGCUGUUUCUAUUCUUCCAGGUGAUUUUGGAAUGGAAGAUUUGCACUGCCUUUGCACAUCGUAUUAG